AUGAAGGUUUCUCGCAAUUUUUUUCUUCGGUGAAAAAUUUGAUUUUUAAGGUUGUCUUUUUUUAUAAGUACAGCAUUUUUUUCUUGGUUUUUUUUCUAAACGCAGAUCCUGAAGAAAAAAAGUUCCUCCACGUGAGUUUCUGGUUUCAAAAAGUUAUUAAAAAAAUAAAUUUUUGAAAAAAACUUCGGUUCUUUUUUUAAUUAAUCGAUGUGUUCGAGGAUUUUUACAAUUUUCAUCUCUUUUUUUAAAGACAAAAUUUAGUGGCCCCUGGAGGGGCUUAAACUUGGUGGCCUCUUUAGAACUCUAAUUGGUUCCACUAGGCCACAAAAACUACUAUAGUGGUCACUUUGACGCAGAAUAGUGUCUUCUUUAGAGGUGGUAUCCUGAGAAAAUUUUAAGAGGCCACUAUAGAAGCUCGCCAAGGACUACUUGGACGGGACACUAAAGUGGCCACUAAACCAACCUCUAUAGUGGCCACUAUAUUCCGUUUUAGUGGCCACUUCAGUAGUUUUUCAUCCAGUAUUCCUUUCAGUAACUCUGAUAAUUUUGAAACAAACAGAUUGGACCAGUUAUGUUGAUCCAUUGACCCCUAAAGUGGCCACUAAAACUUUUAGGGGUCUAGUAGUAGCGCUUAGACCUCUAUAGUGGCCACUAAUUUUUAACGCCUUAGGUGGCCACUAAUUUGACUACUGUGGUGGCCACUAAAACGUCAAAACCCUAUAUGGGCCACUAAAAAUUUUCCCUACCUUACUAGUCUCCUUUUCAAUUAGUCCUUAAAGGACCUCUCAAGUGGCCACUAAAUUACUUCUCAGGAAGUUUUCAAGUGGACCUUUUUUGGUGAAACUGAAGAUGCGCGGUGAUCAAAGUUUUUUCAAUCGACGUGAAACAGAUUUCUGAUCUUUGCCUGAAAAAACAAUUUAAAUUUAUUAAGGGUCUUGAGGCGAAGAGCCGUUUAUCCCAAAUUUAUAAAAAAAAACUUUUUCCAGGCGAUUGCCGAAACUUGGAACAUCAAUGGUGCUCCAAAGGGUUCGACUGUGCCCAAACCUCCCCUAGUUGCCCGGAAAACUCCACGAAAUGUCCCGAGCUCAAGUUCGACUGCAUUGAGAAAGAUAAAGUGAAGAAAUUUGGGAAUUGAAGUUUUUUCAUCGAAUAAUAAACGUUUUUCUUCAGUUUUGUCAUUGGUUCACGGUCCACGGCCGUUUUCAAUAUUUUGAAAUUCGAAUUUCAAAAAGGAAAAAUUGUGCCCGCACGUCCUCCGAUGCCGGCUUACAGGAAAGCCGAGCCCGGUAAUCGUCGCGACAACUCCCAAUCUGGCGUGCCUUUGAAAACAGUUGCGCCAUGGGCGGAUUGCAACUGCCAGUACGCACGCGUGGUGGGGAAUCGAACCCGGCACCUCGGCGGUGGCGAGCGAACGCGCAACCGCCUGCGCUAA